AUGUUGGUGGAAAAGGCGAAUUCUUCUGAACUACAUCAAAAAUUGAAGCAAUCACAGCCAUCUUCAAAGGAUUGUAAAAAAUUGGAUGACAGAGAGGUUGAGGUUUGUUUUAAAUUUAAUGUUUUUUUUUUGGGAAUUUUUUGGGCUAUUUUCAUAAAAUCGUAUCUGAUUUCUAAGGAGAAUUUUUUUUAUUUUUUGUGUGUUUUGUGGUUUUCAUUCGGUAUAGGACAUAAAUUCUUUUUUUGA